AAAUUGUAUUUCACGUGUAAUUACAUAUACUGGUUACAUAAAAGUGUUAAGUUACUUGUUUCCUUCAUCAUAGAUAUUAUAAUUAAUACGUUUUGUGAUAAAGUUAAUGUGAAAACGUAAAAUCACGUCGUGACGUUUAGGGCGUACAUUUUUGGCCGCGUUCAUGUGACAGUAAUCGUUCAAGCUAUAAAAAUGAAGCGUCAAUGAACCAGAAAUUAGAAGAUUCAGAUGUAGAAGAGGGAACGUACAUUCCGUUGACGCGACCGGAAGCCUUCAACCCUCCAUCAUUGGUUCACAUGCAGAUUCAAGAUGAACAAAGCGAUGAUCCCACACCAGAGGAGUCAUCAGGUUCGGAGUCGGAUGAAGAGCCUCGAAGGCGCGCGAAACGGGUGAAGCUGCGCCCGCGGCGGCCGCAGUCAUCAUCGCAGUCAGACAAAAAAGAAAAAUAUAAUAUCUGGUGCAAAACGUUACAGGAGGAUUUAUUAACUGAAGACAUGGUCUCCUGUGAUGUAUCCAAAAAAAGUAAAUAUGGCGUUGAAUCUUAUGAUUAUACCAUUAAAUAUAGGCUAGAUGACGAUUAUGUGUCUAAAAAAAUUUUUACAAACAAUAGUAAUUACGAAAGGGAGCGCACGUCAAAUAAAAGGAGGUACUCUGAUAGGUCAAAUGUUAAAUUAAGGCUUGGGAAGAGAGAGAACAGCCAUCGUCGCCAACACGAAAGAUCAGAGCCAAAGUAUCUGCCAGAUUUGAUUGUCACCACAGAAAACUCUAUUGACAGCAUAGCCACAGAAAUUGCCGAGAAAUUAUCCGAAGAAAAGAAAGAUUUAGUGGGUAAAAUUGUGCAAGUGAUUGGUGUAAAUAAAGCAAUAGAAUUAUACAAAGAAACACAAAGGCUGGAGGCUGAUGGAGGCAUGCUAGUCGUUAACGGAACACGCAGACGCACGCCAGGCGGUAUCUACUUUUUCUUACUAAAGCGCGACAAUGAAGUAUCGCAAGAAAUGAUCAGCCAGAUCUUCAACGAAGAUAGGAGGGAAACGGCGCGAAAUAUAAAGAAAGCGCGGUCCAAAAGUCGCCAGAAGGUUAUGGAAGAGCUGAAACAGAGUCUCACAGAAGCGGAAUUACCAUCACUACUAUCCCGCGGUGAGACGACAGUCCAAUCAGAGCACGGGUCCAACCCGCCGCCGUCUCCGGCGACAGACGCGCGCGACUGUUCGAGCGACACGGACGCGCACACAGACGCGGCGGUGCCCUCCCCCGCGCGGCCUCCUUCACCGCCGCCAGACAGGGAUACGCGCCAGUUAAACAACUAUGACGAUGAUGACUUCCUCGAAGUCAUGUGCAACGAUGACAUGGACUUGUUCUAAGUGGUAUUUACACUUGUGCGGAAAACUAUCUUGUGAAAGUGCGUUCUUGGCCAAGGUUUAAUCAUGAAAUGCGAGUGAUUUUUUACUGCUAGUAUGCAGCGGAUUGUAUGAUGGAAUUGUUAUCAUACCAGGUCAAAUAUAUUGUGAUGAUAAUGUCCGAUGAUCCCUUGACGGCGACUCCUACAGUCUUCUUUGAUGAGAUCGGAUAUUGUUAGCGAAACAAAGUUUCGUUUAAAACGGUUUAGUAACCAAACAACCUAUUUUUACGACCAUUUAGAUGGAAUGGUAUUGAAGAAUAAUUUUGCCCAUUCCUCUUAUAGUGUAGAUUAUAUGUCACUUAACAGCAAUCUGUGCAGAUUACCGAGCAUAGAUGAAUACAAAACUGAAGACUGUUCACGAAAAUACUGCCUGACAGUUUGGCCUGAUACUAAUAUAUUUGGAAAUAAUGUUAGUGGUGAUCAUGCAUGGUGCUUGUUUAUGAUUCUUGAGUCAAUGUAUGUUCUAUAUGAAUUGUGCACAUCAUAUCUCCAUAUGAUGGUAUGCUAGUAUAGAGGAAAAAAGUUGCUUUUUACCUUUGCCUCAGAAAGGCAGCUUAUUAAGUCAUAAAUCCAUUAUAUGUUAAAGGAACAAAAUUGCCUAAAAUUUAUGUAUAUAUUUUGACACACUAUGUAUAAUAUAUUUAAAUGGGUCAUGUUGAAAUUAUUAAUUUUGUUGACUUGGCAACAUUAAUAAAAAUUACAAUAGUUUAAUGAAUAUGAAAGCAUUUUCGUAAACUCAAGUGUAUUAUUUUCUAUCGACAGCUCUAAUUUGGUCUCUAUGGUAUAAUCAUAGACUUUGAUGUCUCAUCUCGUCAGUUAUUAUAGUAUGUAGUGUAUGUUACGUUUGUUUAUUUAUCCCUAGUUUUAAUUACUCAUGGUAACAUACAAAGAUACCUACAUCUAGAAACUUAGGAUUACUUAGUGCUGUAAAAUCUAAUUACGAGAAACCCUUUAUCAACAUUAAUUAUUGAAAAUGUAUGAAGCAAAACCGCAGUAAUUUUCCUUUGGAGUAUUUAUAAAUGGCGUAAUUCUUGGCUUAAAUCUAAUAACAGUAGUUAUUAAAUGGAACUGUCAGCAAAAAAAAUACUUUAACUACCCCACUAAUGUAAUCAAAUAAAACAGUUGGUUGGCUGUUGAAAAUAAAUAAGAUCUAUAGUAAAGGUUUUUUUGUUGAUGGUACUGUCAUAGCCCUUAUAUAGACUGAGUAUGUGGAGGCAAUGGCGAUUAAAGAAGACGUUAAUUUCCGUUCUAAUUGCGUUGUUUGUUAAUAUAGUUGGCACCUCAAUGUUUAGAAUAAUCAAGGGUCAGUUUAAAUAGUUUAAUGUAUUAAUGAAGAUAGCUUUUGUUAUUGGACAUAACAAAUUACUUUCACUUGUAUAAAUACCAAAGUGUGAAAAUGAGUUUCUAUUUUAUAAAGAAGGAAAAAUAUUUUUAAACAAUCAAAAAUAUCGAUCUCAACGCAUUGUAAAGGAAUUGGUGAACUUAUCGAAAAAUCUGGAACAUAAUGGAACAUAUUGUGUACUUUACGAAUCGGGGCAUUUGUGUUCACUCCGCCUAUGAAAUUAUUUUUGUAAACGAACGUCGGUUAUUGUAAUGGCUGUAAAUUAGCUGUAGAUGUAGACAAUAAUACUUUCCUUUCGGCUGUUGCUGUGGCUGUACUCGCCACGUAUAGAGCUUCGAUCACACCUACGCGCCGAAAACGCAGCGGCGAAAAUAACGUGCUGUAGUGUGUAUAAACAAAGUUGAAUAGUAUCGCUACACAAUACUUUUUCUUACGUGAAAACGUCUUUUAUGUAUCAGAUAUGAUGAAUAAAGUGAGGAUCGCCUUUUAAAAAAUUGAGAAGUAACGGAAAUAACGGCUGUGUAGCUUUGAAAUAUGAACCCCUUCUAUAUCGUGACCUAAAUUAUAGGUAGUAACGAUUUUGGCUGUGUUUUAAAUUCUAAUCUUAAGUAUAUGAAUACUUAAUUAAAAAAUGAUCUAUUAUUCUUUAAACAUACAUAUUAUAAUAGUAUUAUAAUGUUAUUUGUUAUACAACCAAAAUGCAGCAAUUAUUUGUCUUUAUAAUUUCCCUAAUCGUCAAAAUUUUUGACGAAACAAGCGUUUCAUCCCUAACUCAUUUAAAUACACACAGCAGAUCUCAUCACAUAUGUGAACGAAGCUUUAUAUUAUGUACUUUAUCUCAUACAUGGAAUUCUAUAAUUAUUAGUGAAGUCUAGACUUGUAACUAGACGGAGCUAUCGACAUAGAAUACGAGAAUGUAUUUUAUUACAGUUUGGCUCAGUGUUUUAAGAAAUAUGUGUUAAUAUUUCAGGUGCAAAUUUUUUAAUGUUUGAAAUAUAUAAAAGUCUAUACAGACGAAUUUUAUACACGUCGACGACGCAUAUUCAGUGCAGUUCCCGACUGUCACGUUAACAGCGCGUUGUCGGGGAGUAAAAAGCGCACCAUCUGAAUAGGCCCUUAUAUUUUUUUAAAUAAAGUUCUUCAAAACGCUGAGCAGAGCUGUGUUACUUAUGUUUAAUACCUAGGGAGUUAUUUUUAAAUGGUAAAUAUUGCCAAAAUGGCAAUUGUAAGCGUUAGAAGUAGUUGCUUCGUACUGAUUGUCUUUUAUACAAAUGGAACGCUUUCAGAAGUGUUGUGAAGAUGGUAUUGAAUACUGUGAACGUUACAGAAAUGGACUCUGAAAUAAUUUGUAUAAUAAAAAUUGGAAACAA